CUUUUUAAUAACUAAUUAAUUCUAAAAAAAUAUAUAUAUGUCGAUGCCCAACGUUACUAUUCUGAUGAGUUCACCUCAGCCGGAUAUUUGGGAACUUGCAUCACAAGUUGUAUCACUUAUAGGCAUCACCAUCAUGUCAUACAUCUUUGGUGUGAAGACGUUUAAUGUACAGUUUAAGUACCUAUCGUAUUCACGCUGGUUGAUUCUCUUUUUAUACUUCUUUUCUUGGGCAUUUACAAUUUCUUCCACUAUAUUUGUUUCUACAAACAAUGGAAAUUUUCUGUCUUGUAAACUUUCAGAAUUAGCUUGCGAUACAUUUUAUUCUGGAACAAAAAUCAUUAUCUAUGCCUGGUUAGUGGAAAAGGUCUGGGUGGUGUCUGCGGCAAGACAGUCAAGGUGGAAGACCAAAUCAUAUCAGCUUCAUAUCAUCUUUUUGACACCGUAUAUUGCAAUCUUUACACUCAUGAUCGUCUAUCAUUAUGCGGAUAUUGAAGCGGAAGGUGUCUGUAUCAUUGGAUUACAACCCAUAGCAACUAUCCCUUUACUUGUUUUUAACAUGUACAUGACUGUCUUAUUCGUGAAACCCUUGAUGAAUACAAGUGAAGGAUUAAGAGUGAAUUGGAAAGCGUCGAGACUUCAUGAUGUCGCAAAGCGAACGCUUGUGGCGUCGAUUGUGUCGCUCGUUGUUUCGUUUGCUAAUAUUUUGACAUUGACAUUAUUGAACGGGAAGGAAAGAGGUGUUCUUUGUCUUACAUGCUGUGUUGUGGAUGUGACCAUCAAUGCGUUGACAAUUCACUGGGUUACAACAAACAAAGGAGCUAAAACUUCAAAAGAGCUAGACACGUACAAGGGGACACAUAAUCAAACAACCGAAGAUUCAUUUGCGGAUGAGGAUAUCUUACAAGAGGAAUAUGGAUUUGGGUAUCGACAGGAGGAUUUGAAAUCUAGUCGACCUUCCUCUUUACAAGAAUCUCAAAGCAGUAGAAAAUCGCUCACUAAAAAAUAAUCAUAAUAAAAACGCC